GUCGGAAACGCGCCGCGCCGUUGACUCAUCGAAAUGAUGGAUCUGGUGGUUUCCCUGCUGCUCAGGCUUGUCCAGAGGAUGAUCUACCCAAGGCUGACGUGCUUGGCCAUGGUUGUCCUGUUUUCCCUCACGGCGUUGGCCACUCGGCUUCGUCUGGGCGCACAGGAGAUUCCGCUGGCCAUGCCGUGGACGCCCAAGAGCUUCGUGCAGGAGUACAGCCUGGUGCGGGAGUGGAUCUUCGACCGACGGUGGGACGAGAGGGUGGAGUGGAAGAAGCAGGGCAGGUGGCUGCGGAACGGACCGGUCAAGGUGGAGCUGACCAAGGACCGGUUCGCCAAGUUUGUUGGCACGUCGGGCGGGAGUGAGGGGGAGGGCGUGUGGCAGUACAAGCGGCGGAUAUCGAGCGGGCCGGUGGAGGUCGAGGUGGAGGACGACCCCAACUCGCCCAACAAGAUGCUGCUGUACGUGACGGAGGCGAGGACGGGGCUGUUCAACCCUAAUGCGGUGCGGUUCGACGAGGGGAAGAUCUACCUCAUAGUGCCGCCCUUUCUGCCGUGGAACAAGAGGAAGGUCGGGACGUUCACCGUCAAGGCCAAGUCACAGAUACCGCUGCUGGACAAGUCAAUGAGAUAGAUGAGGAAUGAACGAAGACGGAUGGAUGAUGAAUGUGCUGAUCGAGUGGAAAGAAAGGGACAAAUGGAUGGCGUGACGUGUGUGGUUUUCGGUGUCGUCAUGAGAGAUACAUGAGCGAUAGAUACUGCAUGCUUUGACUCACUGGCUGGUCGGUCGGUCAUGAGCGUCUGUCUCAAGACAUCGAUGUGUGUGUGUGUUCCACCAU